AUGCCUGAGGUCCAAGAUGACAACGCCGAUGCUGACAAGUUCUUGAACAAGUUUGCUGUUCUCACGGUGGAGGAACCUGAGGAUAUCCCAGAGACUCAAUCGGCGCCCGCAGCAUCGAAGAAGGUUGUCAAGGUCACGGUUGUGGAGGAGGAAAAUGAGGCAGCCGACUCCUACCUUGGUCACUUGUUCUUCAAGACCUUGUGUCUACUGCAAGACUUGGACAACAUACGGAAAUUUAUUUCCAUCACUUGGUUGGAGUACCGGGAUAAGAAAAUCGACCUUAUGAACGCCGCUGUCGUGACGGACAGUGCCUUGCAACUUGCCCGAGAUAUGGUGAAGGAGGUAGAGGCUGACUGGCUCUCUACUCGCACACCGGCAAGAAAUGAUGUUCAGACACUUGUUUACAAUCUCGCCGUCAUGAGCCGGGGCACCUCCGCAGCUCCAUCCACGGAGGUUGGCCUGCCAUACAACAAGAACAUGGCUGAUGUAGCCGAUUGGUGCUAUGUGCCUACCAAGGUUCUGCUUGACGCCUUUGCCAAUGUCCUCCACGACAAUCAUCAACCAGUCUUCAAAAAGGGCUAUUUCGGUACCUAUAACCCAAAGGCGAACAGGGAGCGCAUGUCCGUGGGCCAAAAGUUCAACGAAGAUAAGAUAAUCCUUCUUUCGAUUUUGCCCGAGUUCUGCAUGUUUGACACUUUCAAAUUCAGGACGCCUACCUUGGACGCUAUCACGCAAGGUCUUGUUGAAUUUUCCAAGAACAGAAAAGUUACUCUAUGGCUAUGCUUUGCCUCCCAGAUUUUCCUCGACAUCCAUCACAUCAUGCGACACAGUACCCUGGGUGCAUUUGGAGACCUUCGGAUGUCGGGACUGCGCAUCCAGAAGGUCAUUGAUGACUACCUGAAGCUGUCCAAAACACACCCCCAGCCCAAGUUUUGGGCAAAGGAGGGCGACGAGGAGAUUCAAGGUAUUAGUUCUACCGUAGACUCCUGGAUUAUACAAGACGCGUUCCUCAAUCUUCGGGUCCUGUCUGGACUCGACAAAACCGGAUCACCGCCUGAGAAGCAUGCGCUUUUAUCGCAGCACUCUAUCCUCUGCGGACUGAUAUUAUUCCACCUCAAUAUUAGAAUGCAGCGUGUGGGCCAGCAGCUUGUCACCCAAUGGUAUGACGUCCAACAGCUGGCUUUCUUGCACAAUCUCGUUAUCAAUUAUGCUACGCACAAGGAUGUGAGAUGGCCCGAUAUGGAUGCUUUCAUCAAGAUUCAUGGCGAGUCUCAUAUCUUCAUUGGUUCACGGCCCCAGAACGCCGGUGAAUCGCUAAACAGGCUUGAACUGGCCACAGGCAUCUCAUCUGCUGCCAAUUUUGCGCGCGAUUCCCGGAGUAAACCCUUUCAUAAACCGGAUGGCAAGAAUCCACGCUUGCUCAAGCCUACCACUGCAGUUGCGAACUUGUUCUCCCCAAAGUAUGUCGAGGGUCUCGCGGAAGAUGCCGGGAUCGCCAACAUUGACCGGAUCCUGGACGAGCUCUCACAAAAAUCCAAGCUUGAAUCCUCGUCCUGCAAGGAGCCCAUCAGAGCUAAUGCGGAGCUCUCGAUUACCCAAAAGUGGUCGAAUAACCGCAACAUUGACACACUCCACCUUUUGGCCUUCCUGAAGACCAAGCUUUACGAAGAGGAGCCUGUCAUCUUGUACAACUACUUCGGCAUGCACAAACGUUCCAUCGAGCUACUGCGAUUGAUCCGAGAGAAAGAGCAUCACAAAUUUGUUCAAUAUUUUACAGCUGGGUACAUGCCUGAUGAGUCCUUCAUCUCCAACAUUGUCCUUCUCAUCCACCAUGUCGCGCGAGGCUCGGCACAAAACGCACGUUCAAUGGGGCUCGGAUCAGGGGACGUGGAGUUAGUGAGUCGUAUUGUUAUGAGCUCUGGCGACGUCAUGCGUGAAUACCUGAAGAAAAAUGGUGAUGUGGCAUGCAAAGAGCUGAGGGUAUUUUGUAAGAACAAAAAGCCGAUUCAAGAUGAGGUUGCUGAUGAUGCGGGCGAAUCGGACGGGCUGGUGACGUCUUGGCUGCAUCUUGAGGAUGUUUUGGGUCCGAAGGGCGUGGCCUCGCUUAUGACCGGGAUCCCGAUGGCCUAG